AUGUUCAUCACCCAAAAAACGUCGCCGUUCCUGCUUCACAGAUACAGACUCAAUUUCCGCUCUACUCAUCUCAACAAAUACAAAUACAAAUACCGCUGCCUUCUUGACCAAAUUGCCCCCGUCUCCGCCAACGUCAUCGCUGCUGCCGUCGCCUCCUCUGGUUCCGGCUCCCUCCAUGGUGCUGUUACCUCUGCCAUAACUCACGUAGCUGUUACCGCCGUCGCUAUUGCCUCCGGGGCUUGCCUUUCCACCAAGGUUGAUUUUUUAUGGCCUAAAGGAGAAGAACAACCUGGUUGUUUUACAGUGGAUGGAGUUGAUGUGACUGGUUGCCCAAUAUUUAAUGAUGCCAAGGUGGUUAAGGCUAUCGCAUUUGCCAAGAAAGCUCACCAUGGCCAAUUUCGCAAGACUGGAGACGCUUAUUUCACUCACUGUAUCCAUACUGCUAGAAUCUUGGCUAUGUUGGUUCCAUCUACUGGCAAACGAGCCAUCGACACAGUUGUGGCUGGGAUUCUCCAUGAUGUGGUUGAAGAUACAAGCGAGAGUGUACUCAGUAUACAAGAAAACUUUGGUGAGGAUGUGGGAAAGUUAGUAGUUGGUGUUUCCAAAAUUAGUUACAUAAAUCAGCUGCUACGGAGACAUCGCAGGCUAAAUGAGAACCAGGGCACCCUCAGUCAUGAUGAGGCAAAUAAUUUACGAGUGAUGCUCUUGGGCAUGGUUAAUGAUCCACGUGUGGUGCUCAUCAAGCUUGCAGACCGUCUUCACAACAUGAGAACCAUGUAUGGACUUCUAUUAAUAUCUACAAUCUAUGCUUGUUUUGAGAGAGGUGAACCUUUUGGUUUACAGUCUACUAUAUUAAUUGCAAUCCUUGAUAAUUUUGUUUUUUCCCCUUGUAGUUAUGCCUUGCAACCUUCUAAGGCUCGAGCUGUAGCUGAGGAGACGUUGCUUAUUUGGUGCUCACUUGCUUCUAGAUUGGGUUUGUGGGCAUUGAAAGCAGAGUUGGAAGAUUUAUGCUUUGCAGUUCUUCAGGUUUCCUCAUAA